GUGUACAGCCCGUCCCGGGGGGCUGGCCUUGCCCCCGCGCGCAUCCCCAGUGACCGUGCGGGCGGUCAGGGGCUGCUCCACCACGCAAAGGCUCUGUUUUUUUCCGCCUCUUAGGAGCUCUGGGGCAGUUUGACUUGGUUGAGUUCCUUCUCUGGGCUUUCACCCUUGUAGGGUGGAGUUUUACUACAUCGUAGUGUAGCCGAAGGAGGUGCUGAUAAUUUAAAACUCGUUUCCCGUCUUACCGUGGCUUGCCGGAGUUCCUGAAGGUUAUCUGCAAUGGUGAAAUGAAGUAACUCAAGAUGAGCAAGUUAAAAGUGAUAUCAGAGAAAAGUGUUACCAAUAAUUCCCGGAUUGUGGGACUCUUGGCUCAGCUGGAGAAGAUCAGUACUGAAUCUUCAGAAUCAGAUACUGCUAGAUAUGUCACUUCAAAAAUUCUUCAUCUGGUUCAAAGUCAAGAAAAAACAAGGAGAGAAAUGACAGCCAAAGGCUCUACAGCAGUGGAUGUUCUGCUGUCAACAUUAGAGAACAUGAAAGAUCUUCAAACUACACUAAAUGUUUUAAGCAUUCUUGUUGAGCUGGUGUCAGCUGGUGGAGGUCGAAAAGCGAGUUUUUUAGUUGCCAAAGGUGGUUCACAGAUACUGUUACAAUUACUUGUGAAUGCCAGCAGAGAAUCUCCCCCACAUGAAGAGUUGAUGGUGCAGGUUCAUUCUGUUCUUGCCAAGAUUGGACCAAAAGAUAAAAAAUUUGGAGUGAAAGCUAGAAUUAAUGGGGCUCUGAACAUAACCCUGAAUUUGGUCAAACAGAAUCUACAGAAUCAUCGAUUGGUUCUACCUUGUCUUCAGCUUUUACGAGUUUAUUCUGCCAACUCUGUGAAUUCAGUAACCUUAGGGAAAAAUGGAGUUGUGGAGCUGAUGUUUAAAAUCGUUGGACCAUUUAGUAAGAAGAAUUCAGGUCUUAUGAAGGUUGCUUUAGACACUCUUGCUGCAUUGCUAAAAUCAAAAACAAAUGCCAGGAGAGCUGUAGACAGAGGAUAUGUCCAAGUGCUUUUAACAAUUUAUAUAGAUUGGCACCGCCAUGAUAAUCGACAUAGAAACAUGCUUAUUCGGAAAGGAAUUUUGCAGAGCUUAAAAAGUGUUACAAACAUCAAGUUGGGAAGAAAAGCAUUUAUCAAUGCCAAUGGGAUGAAGAUUCUGUAUAACACUUCACAGGAGUGUUUGGCAGUCCGGACUCUUGAUCCUCUUGUGAAUACCUCCAGUCUGAUAAUGAGGAAGUGCUUUCCCAAAAAUCGCCUGCCACUUCCAACAAUUAAAAGUUCUUUCCAUUUCCAGUUACCAGUCAUGCCUGUGAGUGGACCUGUAGCCCAGCUUUACAGUUUACCCCCUGAAGUGGAUGACGUAGUAGAUGAAAGUGAUGACAACGAUGAUAUUGAUUUAGAAGCUGAAAAUGAAAUCGAAAAUGAAGAUGACCUAGAUCGAAAUUUUAAGAACGAUGAUAUUGAAACAGAUAUUAACAAAUUAAAACCACAGCAAAUACCAGGACGAACAAUGGAUGAACUAAAAAUGUAUGAACACCUCUUCCCUGAGCUUGUUGAUGAUUUUCAGGACUACGAUUUAAUCUCCAAAGAACCAAAGCCUUUUGCAUUUGAUGGGAAAGUACAUGGCCCCAUUGUUGUUCCCACAGCUGGAGAGGAAGCAUCUGGGAGUGUGAGCAGUGUCAGAACUAGGGUGGCACCGAAGGAGAAAGUACCUCCUGAAAGAGAGGCAGGGGAAGGGAAGCUGGCCUUGGCGGGUACAGCAGGAGAAGACAUUAGAAAGAGCGACAGAGCAUUGCAGCAGCAGCUGGAAGGGCAGAGCAGGACUGUUCCAUCUACCUCUGGUGUAAACAGCGAUAUUGUGAAGGCCUUGGACCGAAUCACAUUGCAGAAUAUUCCCUCGCAGACUGCCUCAGGCUUGACUGCAGGAACGAAGAAGGACUGUGGUCUCCCACUGACUGUCUUUACAUGCACCAAAGCAUGUCCUCACAUGGCUACUUGUGGGAAUGUUCUGUUUGAGGGACGGACAGUGCAACUAGGGAAGCUCUGCUGUACUGGAGUUGAAACUGAAGAUGAUGAAGAUACUGAAUCCAAUUCCUCAGUUGAACAAGCGUCAGUUGAAGUACCUGACGGACCAACACUUCAUGACUCAGACCUCUAUAUUGAGAUUGUGAAAAAUACAAAGUCUGUCCCAGAGUAUUCAGAGGUGGCCUAUCCUGAUUAUUUUGGUCACAUUCCGCCUCCAUUUAAAGAGCCUAUCUUAGAAAGGCCUUAUGGUGUACAAAGGACAAAAAUUGCCCAAGAUAUUGAGAGGCUAAUAUAUCAGAGUGACAUCAUAGAUCGAGUGGUAUAUGACUUAGAUAACCCAAAUUACACCAUUCCAGAAGAAGGAGAUAUUUUGAAGUUUAACUCCAAAUUUGAAUCUGGGAAUCUGCGCAAAGUAAUUCAAAUUAGAAAAAAUGAAUAUGAUCUUAUUCUUAACUCCGAUAUAAACAGCAAUCAUUAUCAUCAGUGGUUUUACUUUGAAGUCAGUGGAAUGCGGCCAGGUGUGGCUUACAGGUUUAACAUCAUUAACUGUGAAAAGUCCAACAGUCAGUUUAAUUAUGGUAUGCAACCACUUAUGUAUUCAGUUCAGGAAGCAUUAAAUGCCAGACCAUGGUGGAUUCGAAUGGGAACUGACAUUUGUUACUAUAAAAAUCACUUCUCAAGAAGCUCAGUUGCUGCAGGUGGACAAAAGGGAAAAUCGUACUAUACAAUUACUUUCACUGUCAAUUUUCCACAUAAAGAUGAUGUUUGCUACUUUGCUUAUCAUUAUCCAUAUACAUAUUCAACUUUACAGAUGCACCUUCAAAAAUUGGAAUCAGCACACAAUCCUCAGCAAAUCUAUUUUCGAAAAGAUGUGUUGUGUGAAACCCUGUCUGGAAACAGCUGUCCCUUGGUGACUAUAACGGCAAUGCCAGAGUCUAAUUAUUAUGAACAUAUCUGUCAAUUCAGAAAUCGCCCUUACGUUUUCUUAUCUGCUCGGGUACAUCCUGGAGAAACCAAUGCAAGUUGGGUUAUGAAAGGAACAUUGGAGUAUCUCAUGAGUAAUAACCCUACUGCUCAGAGCUUACGAGAGUCCUAUAUAUUUAAAAUUGUCCCUAUGCUUAAUCCAGAUGGUGUCAUCAAUGGAAAUCAUCGCUGUUCUUUAAGUGGAGAGGAUUUGAACAGACAGUGGCAAAGUCCAAAUCCAGAUUUGCAUCCUACAAUUUACCAUGCUAAGGGGUUGCUACAGUACCUUGCUGCAGUGAAACGUUUACCUCUGGUUUAUUGUGAUUACCAUGGCCACUCCCGAAAGAAGAAUGUGUUUAUGUAUGGCUGCAGUGUCAAGGAGACAGUGUGGCAUACCAGUGAGAAUGCAACUUCCUGUGAUGUGGUGGAAGAUAUGGGAUACAGGACUUUGCCGAAAAUACUGAGCCAUAUUGCUCCAGCAUUUUGUAUGAGCAGCUGUAGCUUUGUAGUAGAAAAAUCUAAAGAGUCCACGGCCCGGGUUGUGGUGUGGCGGGAAAUAGGAGUGCAGAGAAGUUACACCAUGGAGAGCACUCUGUGUGGCUGUGACCAAGGGAAGUACAAGGGGUUACAGAUUGGUACUCGAGAAUUAGAAGAGAUGGGGGCAAGGUUUUGUGUGGGUCUGCUGCGUUUGAAAAGGCUGAUGUCCCCACUGGAGUACAGCCUCCCCUCCAGCCUGCUCGACUUUGAGAGUGACUUAAUUGAAUCAGGCUGCAAAGUAACUAGGCCAAGUUACCUAGAAGUCUUUGUUUUAAGUGAAGAUUGUGAGAAUCAAAUGAGCCCUACCACAUAUGUUAUGGAUGAAGAUGAACCUCGAUUCCUUGAAGAAGUUGAUUACAGUGCAGAAAGUAAUGAUGAGUUAGACAUUGAGUUGGCUGAAAACGCAGGCGAUUAUGAGCCUUCUGCUCAAGAAGAAGUGCUUUCUGACUCUGAAUUGUCACGAACCUACCUAUCUUAAGCCCUCUGCCAUCUCUUAUUAACUGCAAAGAAGAAAUGAAAUAUCUUGGUUUUUAUUACACAGAAAAUUUGAGAAAAAUGAGUUUACAAAGAACUAACUCAAAAAGACAAGUAACUUGGGCCUGUUUGGUUUCAAGAUAAAUAAAUAUGUUACUAAUUCAUGAUAAAAUUGGUACUUGUUUUAUUUUAGAUGUUUAGUGUACUUUACAUAGCACUGAAUUAUCAAAUAAUGAAUUUCCUUAAAAAAGAACCCUGAGUAUCAUUGCAUGGGUUUUUAUCAUCUUUGAUUAUAUUGUGUGUCAAGUGGAUAAUUUCGAAGUUACCAGAAUAUAAAAUCUGAAUUCUAGAGUUGUUGAAAACAAAUCUAUAUGUACAAGGGUUUCUGUAAGAUGUGUUUGUGUAUAUAGGUGGGCAGAUAUUGAAGAUAAGAUUGUUCUUCAGAAUCAUGUUCGCUGUUGGAUUGUGACUAAAGUAAUCUAGAAUUUGCCCUGAAACCAUUACAUUCUACAUUUACCAAAUUAAAUAAAACUAUAUUAAAUAUUGCAUUUAUUUGUCAGCCUUUUUAACCAGCUACAGUUAUUUGGUGCAUAGAACUUUGUGAGAAUAUUAUAAAACCCCAAUAUUUGAGCACCAUGAUAAAAAAUUUCUUUUUAAAACAUCCUGUUCUACUAGUGCUUAGAUUUUGAUGGUGUGGGUAUACCUGUGCCUAUUAUGAAAGAUAAAUUUGAACAGCUCUUUUGUGUAAAAUUGUGUCUCAGAGAUGCACCUAGUUUCUCAUUGUUCUCAGUUUGUUAAGAAACUUUAAAAACACCAUGAGGAAUGAUCUACUAUUAAGUGUGCAUUUGUAUAUUGAGCUGAUUGUGCAUCUGUGAACUGUGCUGUGUGUUAGGCUUACUAAAGUGCAUUUGUUUAGGGCCUGCUGAUACUAGCACUGAAGUUGUAAUAACUACGAUGAGCCUAAAUCAGUUCUAGUAGUGAUACCUUCCUGAGUUGUAGCUUUGAGUGUGCUACAGGAAUGACUGUCUUUAAAUAAAAUAAAACAAGUCCAGUGA